AAGCAGGAGCAACUUUCAAAUAUCAUGCAUAUACAAAAUGUAACAGCUUUCGCCAAAAUGGACUCUGUCCUAAUACUAACCAACUCACGUUCUUGUUACCUGGGCCUAUGCCAGCUACCAAAGUAGCAAAGCCUAUGGAAAAUCAACAUAAGCUUCAUUAUGACCGCUAACGAUACCUUCACUUCUCAGCCCUUCGGGAGCAAAGUGAAACACGGCAAUGACAGCAUAAUGGAUUCAUCUGUACCAGAAGCGUGGCAUAAGCUCUUCGGACAAUUGGUCUUGCAUCGCAAAAAGGUUGCUGCUGCACAGGAUGUACCCGCCUAUGUGAUAGCUUCAAACAAAGUCCUGGAGCAGCUAGCUAAAAUCCGCCCGACUAAUAAGAUCCAGCUCUUAAAGGUGAAGGGCAUCCGAGAUCGGAAGGUUGAGGCAUAUGGCGACGAAUGGCUAGAGAUAAUUGCACAAGACAUUGCUAGGCAUCCCAGGAAAAGCAUUACUCAGACAAAUCUGCCUUUGGAGCCUAAAAUUGCGAAUCGGGCUCCUCGUCACCCGAAAGAUGAUUACCAGGAGCAGCAGGAAUAUGGGCCAUUCAAGGAGUUAUAUAGGCAUCUAGCAGAGCACCGGAAGGCUCGUGCUGCUAUAGAGGGCCGACCCGCGUUUAUAGUUGCUUCUAACUCCCUCCUAGAAACCCUCGCUAAGGAGCGCCCCUCGAACCAGCGUGAGCUUCUAAAUGUUCACGGCGUAGGAAUAAGCAAGGCAGCUGAGUAUGGGUCUGACUGGCUCCAAAUAAUUGCAAAGUUCAAGGCUGAGUACAAGUCUGAAUCCCCCGAAUCCCCCCAGCCGUCUAUUACCGACACCCCUGUGCCUUCGUCUGCUACGGAGGAUGUUCAACAACCGCAGCUAGGUGAUCGACCAUCCAAACAAAGUCGGAUCAGGAAUGUUGGUCGUUCGAAAGAAAUCAUCUUGUCACAGCCUCUACCGAGUAGCGGGCUACCAUUAGAAGUUGAUAGGAAGCAGUCCAAUGCUGCCGAAGCGUCAGGUGAAAAAGACCAUAGUGACAAUUAUGAUGAUUCAGACAUCGAGGAAACAUUCAUGUCACUCGUCGCGCCUCGUGAAUCGCCACAGCCAAAGCGUGAGCGAUCCAAUAGCCCGGUACAUAACCCAAUGAGGUAGAUUUAAGUAUCUGGAAUACUAUGUACAAUUGAACGAAAUAAUCAGUUCUGGAGACGCUAUGGGCUUGAGGUGGUAUAAUCGGCCAUGGUUACAGUGCCAUUGGGUCGAGGAAUGUGGAUAAUAUAAACUGAUGUGUCCUCCAUAGCCGCCCAAUAGAAGUCAAUUACCACUACUUCGAAGGCGAACAGGCAAGAGCCCCUGGGUGUCAUCAAUGCUAUGACAUUAGCUGCAAGGGGAAUUGUUUCUAUAGACCUGCAGGUAGACCUUCCUUCACACCACAUUGCCAGUACGGUCCGCAGAAAAAUAUAAUAAACAUACCUAACAUACCUA